GCUCAAGGUGUUUCUUUACACAACCCACGGAAAUUUCGUGAUGCAUGAAACACUUCUUGUUGUACCGAGUUGCUGUUUGACAACGAUUGUAUUCAGGUUUUAAUUGGAAAAUAUCACAAGUACAGAAGAACAUGACGUCUGCUUCAAGAGUUCUGGCGACUGUGUUUGUAGUGAUUGCGGUAUGUACGUACCAUGUCCAUGCUACCCAUUCCCACGUAGAAUGCUUUCCUAACAAUACGGUAACGCUGACGAACCCGUUUCCAGACACUUUGGUCCAUGGUGUGGCAAUAGAUUCCGCAAAUACGUGCAACUUGACUUUCUCCGAUAAUCAUACUUUGGUUACAAUGACUGGGUGUUCGAAGGAUGAAAAUAUUGUGGUACAACUUACGGAAGUAGAACACCUGAACGGCGUGGUAGGGGGAGCGGGAAAAGUGCUGGUUAAUAUAAUGUGCCAAGAAAUAGACGAGGGCAUUGAAAGAAACAUCAUGCAGGGCCUCACUGCCAAGUAA